AUGCAUCAUCAUGAGCGAAGCCGCGGCACCAAGGCUGGUGUUGCGGCAGAGACGGCAUCCAUUUCAGAUGUUCCUGCCAAGAUGGGGCACGGCAGCAUGUUUGCGCGAGAACGGCACGAGCGUCGCCGCGGGAAACGACGACUGAUCCUCCCGUGUGUAUUUCUUGUUGGUCUCGUACUGGGUUGGAUGCUCCACAACAUGAUUCGUGCCACGAUCGCUGUGUCCUCCGGCGCUGAGGGAGCAGUGGUGGCGCUGCCGAAGCGUGAGGGGGUUAGUCCGACCAGGAUGCCACGGGCCACCACACCGCCACUGCCUUCCGCUAAGGUCAAGCUUCCCUCCAACAACCCGAAAGCGAAGAAGCCAGCGAAGAAAGCAUUUCGUGUGCGAAAGCUGGGUCCGCGAGUGCGUGGCGUUGUCUCCAGCAACUACAGUGAGGAGGGCAGGUACGCCCCGGAGAAGCCGGAUCUACUGCCUGGGCUGCAGAUCCAGCGGCGCCCCUUCACCCCAGCGGAGUUGCUUGAACGCUUCGGCGACGCGGACAUCAUCUACAGCUUCGUGAACGGCAGCGAGGCGAACCAUCAGUAUCGGAAGAUCGUCCGCAAUGCGUGCAUAACGGCCCUUCUAAAGGCCGAGAAUGCCUCGUAUGUGUCGCUCCAUCGUGACCUCCGUGCAGGCACCUCAGCCAGCUCCCCAAGAUACGUUUAUUCGAACAUAUCGCCAGAGAAACCGGCAGGGGCGGCGAUCGCCCAGAAAGGGGAGCUGCUGUCUGGGCUGCGGGGUACUCCUACCUCUCAUCCACCCAAAACUACCAGCACGACCGCGCUGACACCCUUUUCACAUCUGUCGUGCAUACCCUCGCUGCUACGACCCGUCUUGGCACGGCCUAAAACCUAUGCCGAGCUUGUGCAGCGCGUGAAAGCUGCUGCCCGCCGCGGUGUCAGCGUCCGCGAUCGUGAGACGGACGAGCUGCGGCACAGCCUGCGCAGCGUGGAGCAGCACGUGCAGUGGCACCGCGGCCGCGUGGUGAUGGUGUCGCCCGGGCACCACCCGACGUGGGUGGACGGCGCGAAGAACUUCCUUGCUGGGGUGUGCGGGGGUGCGCGCGUGCAGGCGCUGCGGUCGCGCGGGACGCACCUGCGCGUGACGACUGUGCACCAGGACGCCGUGAUGCCGUACGGGAUGCGGCUGACGGCGGACUCGCACGUGAUCGAGCAGCACCUGUGGCGCGUGCGCAACGUGACGGCCGUGCACGUGUACAUGAACGACGACUACUUUGUGAACCGCGACGUUGCGAUCACGGACCUGUUCAACGAGUACGGCGGCACGAUUGUGCGGACGGAGAGGAGCGUCAUUGCGGCCGGCGCUGUCGCAGAUAGCGGCGCGUCCUGGGCAAAGGGCGUGCUGCACACGCAGCAGUUCAACACGCAAGAGCUGGACGUUCUGCACGAGGACUACCUGCCGGAGGCCCUCGUCAGCAUGUGGGACACUCUGAAGCGCGUGAACAGGAGCGCUGGUGGCGCUGCCUCGACUUCUGUUUCCGUACCACCCCUCGACGAGGCGGUCGAUGUCGCGCAUCAAUACGCGCCGGACCCGCUGCCCAACAGGUCGCUGAUACCGCGCCGCCUGCGCCGAUACGCGACCCACGCGCCGUUCGUGUACUGCACGAACAUGUUCCGCUUCUUCGAGACCCGGUACGAGCGCGAGUUUGCGGCGACAGCGCUUCGCCACCGCAGUCGCAAGGCGCGCGACCUGUUCAUCCCGUUCAUGUACAACGCCUUCAUCAUGGCGCGGCCGUGGCAGGCGUCGCCGAGGUUCCUGCCGUACCUGCUGGAGCUGCACCGGAGCCGGCGACAGGCGCGGACGGACGCGAUGCCGCCGACGCAGAUCGUGCUGGACAACGUCGACGGCUGCGGCCCCGCAUCGCUUCGCGGCGGUAAUGUGGCCUCUCAGUGCCUUUUCGCCAAGUUUAUGGACAAGCUAAAGUACAAUGAGUACGUGUUGCAACGGAUUGCCAGGGUGAACCCACUGUACUUCAACAUCAACGCCGGGUUCAGCAGCGCGAGGGCUGCGGACCAGCUGCGCGGCUUCCUGCACGGCAAGUUUCCGACUCCGGUGUACCUGGAGGUGGGCGAUGCCCCGCCCCCCGGCGAGGGCGGCGUAGACGGCGCGGGGGCGGCCGCGGGUGGUGGGGACGCGGCGCUGCGGAGGCUGUUUGGCGACCUGAUGGCGCUGCCGGUGGUGGGUGUUGUGUCGUACGAGGAGGGCGUGUGCCCGCUUGUGCGGAGCCUUGCGCUUGCGUUCGCGGGGCACCACCGUGGCGGCGUGCGCGUGAGCGUGGAGCGGCACGGCGGCGCGACGCUGCGUGAGGCGCGCGCUGCGCUUGGGCACCGCGUGGUGAGCGCGAUGCCUGCGCCUGCGUGCGCGUACACGGAGCAGGUGAGCGUGGACUCCGCGGGACGGGGUGAGAGCGUUGCCGAGAUUGCCCGCCGCGCGAUGGGUGAAAUGCGGGGCGGCGUGAAGCUGCCGUCGACGUGCGGCGGGGGCGGCGCUGGGCUGCGCGUGCGCGGGUUCGUGGUGGACGCGCGGACGCGUGGCGCGCCCGUGCGGAGCGCUGCUGCGCUGCGGGACGCGCUUGCGGUGCCUGCGCAGACGCUGUCGCUGGAGGACUUCCGCGCGGUUGCUGUUGGGCCGUCGGCGGCCGACGUGGUGCUGGUUGUGUCGCGCGAGGACGCGGAGGCGAAGGCGGUGCACUGGGUGAAUGGUGCGUCGGAGAGUGACCUGCUUGUGACGUACCCGCUGCCUGUGGAGGCGUACGAGGACAUGGGCGCGGAGGUGCGGUGGUCGGUGCCUUAG